AUGUCAGACAGGAAUCAAACAAGAGUAACUGUAUUUAUACUUACUGGUUUUCCUGGACUUCACCCAGAAUAUUACGGUCUUGCUUCAGCUGUAUUAUUCUUUGUUUAUUUUAUAACAGUAAUGGCAAAUACUACAGUUUUUUUCUUAUUUGCAACUAACCGGAGCCUUCACAAACCCAUGUACUACAUCAUUUUAAAUGUGUCAGCCUGUGACCUUCUCUUUAGCACAGCAACUUUACCUAAAAUCAUCAGCAGAUACUGGUUUCAAUCAGGAAGCAUUUCUUUUACUGCCUGUUUUGUCCAAAUGUACUUUGUUCACUAUUUGGGCUCAGUAAAUUCUUUUAUAUUCUUACUGAUGGCUUUUGAUAGGUACUGUGCUAUCUGUCAUCCUCUCCGAUAUACAAUUGUUCUGAAAAACUCCACAGUCCACAUUCUCAGUGUGACUGCAUGGACCAUUGCUACUAUUGUACCUCUAAUGUUAGUCAUUAGAGCAUAUCCUCUUCCUUAUUGUGCAUCAAAUGUAAUCAAUCACUGUUACUGUGAUCAUAUUGCAAUAACAGUUCUGGCUUGUACUGACAGGGCCCCUUAUUCUUUUCCUGCUUUUGUGGGUGCAAUGAUUACACUGCUAUUACCCCUUGCAUUUAUAGUUUUCUCCUAUUGUGCUAUACUGAUAGCAGUAAGUAAGGUAACAGAUUCAAAAACCUGUGUAAAGUCUUUGUCCACAUGUAGUACUCAGUUAAUAAUAAUCUCACUGUAUUAUAUUCCUCGAUGUUUUGUAUAUUUAGCUAGCCAGGUUGGCAUCACAUUUAAUGCUGAUGUGCGAAUAGUAAUUAUAAUGCUUUAUAGCCUUGUUCCUCCUAUGAUAAAUCCACUCAUUUACUGCCUAAGAGCUAAAGACAUCAGAGAGUGUUUGGUGAAACAAUUCUGCAUAAAAAUUGGACACCAAAGUGCUUAG